UAUCACUUUAAAAGCAGUACAAAAUGCUCAUUUGAUUUUAAUUAAAAAUAGUAAAUGAUAGAGGCUCAUUUGAUGUUUAUCCAUCUUUUUGAAAUAUAUAUAUAUUAAAAAAUUCCUUUUAAUUUUUACCAAAAGAAUAUUCACAGAAAGUUUUUAAAAAGGCAGCAUUAAAAAGUUAAAAGGAAGCAUGUAACAAUAAUAAACCAAUCAUUUUUCUUCUCAUCUCUAUACCCAACUGACAAACCAUGCAAUAGGUCAUCCGUAAGGGGCCUAGUGGUCGAAACUGGGGGUGUUUACUCCGCAGGGAAUAUGGUUCUUUAUUCUUAGCUUUCGGAUGGUUUGAGUCUUUAGAUUUCAUAUUUUCAUUGAGAACGCAACUCAUCACACUGAUUGCUUGCUGGAGUCGGGUCCGCUAACCGAUCCGCCAUGGUCGAUGCAGAACCUACCGGAGACGGGGAGGAACUCCGCCGCCUCCUCACCUCCCUCUCUGCCGCCGCGGAAGACGUCCAAUCGUUCCGCGGCCGUUGGUCCUCCGUCUCCGUCUCCGCUGCCCGCCUCUCCGCUGCCCUAGAUGACCUCGAUCGUCUCAAGUCUUUCCCCCUCGUCGCCGAACUCCUCUGCUCCCUUCUCCAAGCUGCAUCCUCCGCUCUUGACCUCGCCGUUCUCUGCCGCACCCCUGACCCUCCUUCCGCUCGGCUCCACACCCAGAGCAACAUUGCCGCCGCCUCCGCGGCCCUUCAGCAGCUCGCCGCAGACGCCGAUGUUCUCCGCCGCAGCGACGCUCUUUUCGACCCGCCGGAGGAAGGGAGUCGGCACCGAGAGCCUGUGCGGGAGGAGGCCCGGAGCCUCGUGAUUCGGCUUCAGAUCGGGAGCCCCGAGUCGAGGAUCGCCGCGCUGGAUUCUCUCCUCGACCUCCUCCGCGACGACAAGAACGUCAUGGCGACCGUCGAACAGGGCGCGGUGCCGGCGCUUGUCCGCCUCCUCGACUCCGUCUCCGUCGCCGCGUCCUGCCACGAGGCGAGGGAGAAGGCCGCGGCGGCGAUCGCGAGGAUCUCCGCCGUGCCAAGCUGCCACCACCUCCUGACCACGGAGGGCCUGCCCCUUCUCCACCACCUCGCCCGCGUCCUCGAGUCGGACGGUGGCGUCGCCAAGGAGAAGGCUUGCCUCGCCUUGCAAACCCUAACCCAGACCAGGGACAAUGCCCUCAUCAUCGGGUCCCGCGGCGGGAUCGCAGCACUCCUAGAGAUCUGCCGCGGUGGAACUCCCUCCUCCGCCCAGGCAGCCGCCGCCGCGGUGCUGAAAAAUCUCGCCGCGGCGCAAGAACUCCGGCAAAAAUUCGCCGAAGAGAAUGGAGUCCCGGUCAUCGUCGGAGUUUUAGCGUCCGGAACACCUCUUGCCCGAGAGAACGCCCUCAGCUGCCUCUGCAAUCUAUCUUCUAGUGAAGAAUCCCAAAACAUAAAAGUAUCCAUCUUCAAAGAAGGGGCUUUGGAAUCCCUGAAGAACUACUGGGAAGCAGUUGAAGCAGGAGAGCAUCAAAAUCUUGAGCUGGGAAUUCGCUUAGUAAGAAACUUGGCAUGUUUCAGGUACAUAGCAGAGGCCAUCGCCGCCUCCGGCUUCCUUCUCCGCGUCACCAGCGCACUGGAGAGCUCCAGGCCAGGAGCAAGAACAGAGGCAGCCAUGGCAGUAGCUGAAUUAUCUUCAGUUUUUGGGAGGGCGAGGAAGGAGUUUGAGGGCGCAGUCACUCCCCUGGUGCGGAUGCUGGAAGCAAAAUCCAUGGAGGAAAAGGAAGUUGCUGCAAAGGUUGUGGCUUCUCUGAUGUCAUUCCCUGUGUAUCAGAGAUUGCUGAGGAAGGAGGAGAAGGGAAUAGUAAACAUCGUUCAGCUCCUCGAUCACUCAGUUCUUGUCGAUAAGAAGUUCCCAAUUUCAAUACUGGUAUCGAUUUCAAAGUCAAGAAAGUGUAGGAAGCAGAUGGUGGCGGCCGGAGCCUGCGGGUACUUGCAGAAACUUGCGAUCAUGGAGGUGGAUCGGGCAAAGAAGUUGCUUGAGGACUUGGGAAGAGGAAAGAUACUGGGAGUAUUUCCAAGAACUUGACUGACAAGUAUGGACACUGAGCUUGAGGAUACUCCAUGUGUAUAUAACAAUAACACUGCCUCAGCAAAUUGUUAUCAGCCUCUUGAAUCUUUCUGAAGAUGAAAUUGUACUAAUCACAUGUGUGUCGGCUUAAGAUUGUUGAGUCAUUCAAGCACAAUUUCUCGUUGCUUUGAAAAUUAUCAAUGACUACUUUUGCCUUGGGAGUAGGUAGGGCUCUUAGUCUUAAGUUAUAUAAUUCUUAACCACGGAGAUUUUUAAUCAUUGAUUAAUGGUGGGUCAAUAUAGUUUAAUCUCAUCAGUGAUGCAAUGCUGAUUGCAUGAACAGUUGAGGGCAAACAAAAGUUGCAUGGGCUCUUUAAAGAUUUCCUGGGUCCUAUGGUUGACUGACUUUUUUGAAAUAAUCUUUCAUUUAUUUGUUGGUUGGACCAUCUGGAGUAGAUCAGCCUUAACUAGAAUGUAGAAAGGGAAGAAGAUAUUUGAUAAAUGAUGAGCCUUGAACUAACCUCAGCUUGGUAGGCCACAGCUUCUGCUUCUCGCAGCUGCACAAGAAGCUC